UAUGAGCAGGUGACUUCAUUACAGCAGGGUCGUUUCAUGCCGCUGAAGCCUUUUGUCAAACAGGAUUAUUCCGCCUCAGUCUCUAUACUGAAAUAAGAAGUUAGACACGUCGGGGUUGAAUCUUGGAGUUAGGUGUGAGUGAGGACAGCCAGGGUGAAUCAUCUAAAGAGAAACCGCAGCUCAGGCAAACAACAGGCAGCCAUGAAGAAGAUGGACGACACAGCCACAGGCAGCUGGACUCUAGACAACAACCCUACCUCCUCCACAGAGAAGAACUCCUGCCACCCCAAUUUAAAGAUGUUCCUCGCAGCCUUGUCCUUCGCCUACUUUGCCAAGGCUUUAUCUGGCAGCUACAUGAAGAGCACAAUUACACAACUAGAGAGGCGAUUUGACAUCCCCAGUUAUUUGAUCGGCAUCAUAGACGGGAGCUUUGAAAUAGGGAAUUUGUUGGUCAUUGCCUUUGUGAGCUAUUUUGGUGCCAAGCUCCACCGACCCAAGAUCAUAGCAGUUGGUUGUGUCUUGAUGUCUUUUGGGACGUUUUUGAUCGCCAUGCCUCAUUUCAUCAUCGGCCGCUAUAAGAUCGAAACAUCAGUUAGAUGGUCAGUGAAUUCAACCAAUAACCUCUCUCCAUGUCCAGCAAGCUCACCUGAGUCCACCAGGGCAGGUGACAGACCCUCUAUAUUGUCCUCCAGAGGCUGUGAGCGAGAGUCCAGUGUUUCAAUGUGGAUCUAUGUGUUUCUGGGUAAUGUCCUGCGGGGGAUCGGAGAGACUCCAGUACAGCCUUUGGGAAUCUCCUACAUUGAUGAUUAUGCACAGUCAGAGAAUGCUGCCCUCUAUAUUGGAUGUGUCCAAACCAUAUCAAUCAUCGGUCCUGUUUUUGGAUACCUGCUGGGGUCGCUGUGUGCCAAGAUCUACGUUGACAUCGGCUAUGUGGACAUGGAGACGGUGACGAUUACCCCUGGUGAUGCCCGCUGGGUGGGAGCAUGGUGGCUGGGCUACCUCAUCGCGGGCACCAUCACCCUCAUGUCUGCCGUUCCUUUCUGGUUCCUGCCUAAAUCACUGCCCAUGCCCGUGGACAAACACGAUACCAGCUGCACUCCAGAGCAAACCAGGUUUAUCAAAGACUCUCCGACCAUGGAGCACAAGUUCAGACCUGAGGAGCCGGCUAAUUUACAUCAGAUGGUCAAAGAAUUUCUGCCCACACUGAAGAGCCUGCUCGGAAAUCCCGUGUACAUCACGUUUUUAUGCGUGACCAUCAUCCAGUUCAACUCUCUCAUCGGGAUGGUCACCUACAAACCCAAAUACAUCGAGCAACACUACGGCCAGUCGGCAUCAAAGGCCAAUUUCCUCAUGGGCAUGAUCAACAUCCCGGCUGUGGCUCUUGGGAUGUUCUCAGGAGGGGUUGUCAUGAAGAAGUACAAACUGGGUAUCAUGGGAGCGGCUAAAUUUGCCUUUGGGACCUCGCUGCUGGGAUACUUCCUGUCGCUCUUUUUCUUAGCCAUGGGCUGUGAGAACUCCAAGGUGGCAGGCAUCACAGUCUCAUAUACAGGAGUGGAAGGCUUGUCUUAUCAGGAGCAGACUCUUUCCUCUGACUGUAAUUCGGGCUGCCUGUGCUCCAGAAAGGAGUGGGACCCCGUGUGUGGAGAGAACGGGAUCACCUACGUGUCCCCAUGCCUGGCUGGAUGCACCUCCUCCUCUGGCUCUGGUAGAAAUACGGUGUUUGACAGUUGCAGGUGUGUAGCUCUGGCCGACACCCAGCUGGGCAACCUGACGGCCACUCUGGGCCAGUGUCCACGCGGAAACAGCUGUGACAAAAUCUUUCCUUACUUCCUGGCUCUGUCCGUCCUCAGCUCCUUCAUCAUCUCUCUCGGGGGAACACCUGGCUUCAUGCUGCUUGUCAGGUGCAUUAAACCUGAGCUGAAAUCCCUCGCUCUUGGAAUCUACACGCUGGCCACUCGCACCCUCGCUGGAAUACCUGCCCCGAUAUACUUUGGAGCCAUAAUCGACACAACCUGCCUCAAAUGGGGAAACAAGAUGUGUGGAGGAAAAGGAGCAUGCAGAAUAUAUAACACUUCAGCAUACAGGAUGGUGUACCUGGGCCUGACACUGGGCUUAAGGACAGUCUCCUUCUUCCUUUGUAUUUCAGGCUUUGCUUCACUGAAAAGACAUAUCAAGAGGGAGGAGAAAAACGCUCUGACCAACGGGAGUGCGGAGCUGGAGUCACUAAGGAAAGAGGAGGAGAGCUCCAUACACUGUGAGCAGUUUAUACUGUCCUUGGACUGCAAUCCUGACAGAGAGACCCGCUUGUGAGCUUCAGCACAACUUCGGUCUCUUCUGACUCGGUUCGUAUAGAAGAACACACACUGUGGACACUUUUUCAUAGCACACAGAGUAUAUAUUUGUGCAGGAUUUGUGUAGAUGAUGAGUCAUUAAAAAAAAAAGACAAUUUCUGGAAUGUAUAAGUUUAUGUGUUUGUGUUUUUUCAUGACUGGAAGAAUUUUGUAGAAAAAACAAUGUAAUUGUGCUGUAUUUUCUAUGUUGGUCUUGGUUUUUAUGA